UUCUGUUUAGUUCAAACGUGCCGAUUUGGAGCCGGCCAAGCUCAUCAACUUUGGCGCCAGGUUCUGUUUCAGGCACGCCGUUCCACAUUUUAACCUUAUUAAUAUAAAAGAAAGUAUGAAGAACACAAAAACAAGUUAGUUGAAGAAAAAUAUCAUGAUGUGAAAAAAGAACAUAAACCAAGAAAUUCAAGUAGAAAUAAUGAUAGACAAGAAAGGCCUAGAGAUAAGUACACAGAAGAAAAAAUCAAAAGACGACGGCAUUCACCUGAAAAUAAGAGUUAUAAUGAAGAAAAGGAAAUUCCAACUGAGUCAUGGGUGAUGCCUCUAUUAAGAGUAAGAUUUGUAGAUAAAAACUUCAAAAAUGGAAAAUACUUCAAUACUAAGAUGGUAAUUGAAGAUUUAUUAACACCUACAUCUUGUGUAUGCAAAACUGAGAAUGGAAAUGUUUUGGAAGAUGUACAUUACUCAAUGUUGGAAACAGUGGUACCAAGAUCAGAAAAUAGUUAUGUUAUGAUAGUACAAGGCAGGCAUAAAGGACAGGUUGGUGUCAUACUGAAACGAGAUAAACCAAAUUGUGUGGCGACUGUACAAUUACUUAGUGAUAGAGAGACUGUAGUGAAAUUAAAUUAUGACAACAUCUGUGAAUAUCUUGGCGACGUGUCUCGUUUCGACUGAAUAGAAAUGCUACACAAAAACUGUAAAAUAUUAUCUAGAUGCUAUCAAUGUUUAUAUAAAUAUAUAUAUAUUGUGCUUGUGAAAAUCAUCAUAUGAAAAAAAUAUUAAGACUUUGUAACACUUUUAAUAAUGGCUCACCAUUAAAAUUGUCAUUGUUUACAUCUAUUUGUAAUUAUUUGCUCUAGUUACAUGCAUAUUACAUUAAAUCUUGUAAACAUGAUUGUUUAUGUAAAUAUCAUCUAUAAUUAUUAAUAUCUCUGUAAAUAUCUGAAGUUGAAGUGUAAUUCAGUAUUUUCUUAUAAA